CCGCCGCGGGAGCGGGCGGGGGGCGCCCGCGUGCCGCCGGCGAUGGCGAACCAGCUGGUGAUCCUCAACGUCUACGACAUGUAUUGGAUGAAUGAAUAUACUUCUUCCCUUGGAAUUGGAGUAUUCCAUUCAGGUAUAGAGGUGUACGGCCGAGAAUUUGCUUAUGGUGGUCAUCCUUACCCUUUUUCUGGAAUAUUUGAAAUUUCGCCAGGAAACGCUUCUGAGCUAGGAGAAACAUUUAAAUUUAAAGAGGCUGUGGUUCUAGGCAGCACUGACUUUAUGGAAGAUGAUGUAGAAAAAAUAAUAGAAGAGCUUGGAAAAGAAUUCAAAGGAAAUGCCUAUCAUCUGAUGCACAAAAACUGCAAUCACUUUUCAUCAGCUUUAUCUGAGAUUCUGUGUGGAAAAGAUAUUCCACGAUGGGUGAAUCGUCUUGCAUACUUCAGCUCUUGCAUACCCUUUCUCCAGAGCUGUCUGCCGAAAGAGUGGCUAACUCCUGCAGCGCUCCAGUCUAGUGUUAGCCAGGAGCUUCAUGAUGAGCUGGAGGAAGCUGAGGAUGCAGCGGCAUCAGCUUCCUUGGCAAGCUCAGCAUCUGGUUCUAGAGCUGGACGUCACACCAAAUUAUAAGUCCUCCUCCAAAGUAACAAAUGGUUUGAAAUACUUCAAUUUAAUCUCUCUGGCAAUUGACUUCCUGACAGAACAUGAGAGCUGACUCUAGAACAUUGUCUUUAUAUGCAAAAAUGGCUCUCGUCAACCUGUGUUUCAGCUCAGGAUUAUUUAUGUAGUGAAAAGAAUUGCUGGGAGAAAAGGGAAGGAUUUUGUGUGAAGCCACCCUUUUCAUUUCCACCUGUUUGGUAGGCCUGGGUUACUUAACAUCUUGUAUAAAGCAGAACUUAAAUUAUUUGUUUACAGUAUUGUUUACUGCUGUUUACAAGUCCUGUAAGGACCCCUGCCACGAUGAAAGAAGAGAGAAUACAAGUUUGAUUAACUGCUGGUGUAACUCAAAGGCAGUGAUGUUAUACCCUGGAUGAACUCUCCCUUUUGUUUUAAAGAUUUGAGGCAGGUGACCUUUAGAUUUCUGAAGAAUGCCAGAAACUGCUGAAUACUAUAUAUGUGAACAGGGUACUGCGCACUUAAAGUGGGUGAUGUAAACAGGUAGAUUCCAGGAUGUAGGGAGACUGAUUUUGUCUAAGAUCUAUUAUUAGAAGUAUGACCUCUACAUUAAUGAAACUGUGGAUUUUUGCACAUAUGAAGGGAAAUCUCAUUACAAUGCACAUUAACUCCUAAGUGUGGGGUGUGGGUUUUUUGUUUUGUUUUUUUAGCUCAGCCAGGCAGGUGUCUUGUUUCAGAUGGGCAUCCUAUCCUCUCUUGGUAUUUACAGUCUACUUCAAUCAGGAUUUAGACAUGUGAAUUCCACCUGUUACAAACAUCAGCAAAUUUCAUUGUUUGUUUUACUUGAUUUAAAAGCUGUUUGAAACUUAGUACUUGGGGGGGAGGAGGAGUGUUUUGCAAAGGUGUGGGAUUGUUUUUUUUUCUUAUGUAGUUUAAACUAGUGUAAUACACAAGCCAUUUAUGGUUGGGGAAUGGCCUUGCUUUCUGCUGAUAUUAUGCUUCAUUUGAGUUUGUAAACACUUACAGCUCAAAAAACAGGUCACAAGUUACUAACCAGUUGUGCAUACCCACACAAAUUACAGAGAUCAGAAUUUAUUUUCCCGUUGCCUCUGUCUGUGGCAUUAAGUUUCUUGUCAGAUGUAAUGAAGAAAAACCUGAAAAUUGCUUAGGCACCUGUAUAUUUACACAGCAGAACCCACUAAUCUGCACACAAUUAUAUCUGAAGGUAGGAGAUGUUAUUUUGUAAAACAGAAGUAUGUUUGCUGGUAGAUUAUAAUUAGAGCUAAAUUAUAAUUAGUGAUCAGAAUAUAUAAUGAAUGCCUUAUUCUUGUUCACUUAUCAAGAGAAUUAAUGGUUCUUCCAGUCAUUAGUGUGAAUUAGUGAGGUUCUGUUGUGCAUAUAAGGAUACAGUAGCACAACCAUGAGUGAGGUGAGCUUGUGUAUUUUUUUUAAGACUUGCUGCCUUAAACUAUAACAAAAACCACACCGUCUGUAAACUGAUCAGCUCACAAAGAAGUGUGCAUUACUGGAAGUAUAAAUGAUUCUUAGGAGCUUUAUUUUUUUCCCUCCACUGAAUGAAAUACUAACUCUACAGUUUCUGCUAUUUAAAAGGGGGAGCGGGGGAGAUCUUAGGAGGCAAGAAUGCUUAAUGCUACGAAUGCUCCUAGCCUUGGGUAGUCAGUGCCAUUGAACCCUCAAAAAGGUGCAUUAGACUAUUUUCUAGUAAGAAUUCUUAUGAUGGCCACUCCAGUUCAUGUUAGAAAUGGUCAGAAACUUUUCUGCUAGCAGUUAGGUUGAAUCCUUCGUAAACCUGUCUAAGCUUCCAUUGAUCUUCUGUGAUGCAGUGUAGUAACAGGAGGAGAAAAAAAAAUCAAGUGAGACUCUAGGAAGAGUGGAAUAAUAGUAAAAGUCUCUUUAACUGUAGUUUGAUAUGUGUCUAAUACUCAUUUCCCACUUAGUGAAAGAGAUCAACCGAUAUGUCUGCUGCUAAUUACAGUAUCUGUUUGAUCUCCAGAAAGUGGACAUACUGACUCUCUGUUUUUCUUUUUUUUUUUUUUUUUCCCCCUUUCACUUGAAUCUCUGGAUUUGAGUUCUUUCUCUCUCUCUCUCUCUCUCUUUCUCUCUCUCACACUCUCUCUUUUUUUUUUUUUCUUCCUUCCCUGUAGUGAAAAUGAAUAAGGUGGUCUCCAGUUGACUCUCAAGCAUUAAUUAAUACAGAAUUAAAUAUUGCACCAGUUACAGCUAAGGCAACAGGCCAUGGAUGGGUUAUUUUGCCUCUGCUGUGCAGUUGUGGUAGUAAUGUGACUAAGUCUCUCAGCCAAGGCAGGUCCUUUAUUUCAGCUCAGGGUUGAGGCCACUGAUCUAGCAAUGUACUGUAGCUUUUCCUAGGUUUUAGGAAGAAUAAAUAGAAUUAAUUUUCAUUGCUACCUAACUUUUAUGUACCAAAAUCAGCUUUAUAGGCUUCUAAUAUAUCCAGAGCGCUAGGUCACAAAUCUCUACACUUUCAUUAACACACACACACACAACUACAGCAUGUACAAUGCAAGAAACGGUGACAGAUCACAGCACAGUUUUUAUUUAGAUGUAAAACUUAAGAAUAUUUUUUAUAAAGCAGACUGGAAAGUUUGUAACAAAAAUACUUGUUUUAUUGAUAGCUGUACAGGUGAAAACUCUGUCUUAUGCUUUGUUGUUGUUUUCUCAAAACUACCCAUUUGUAAAUCAUACGAGGAAACUGACACCUGAACCCUGGAGGCUGUUCGGUAUUGGAGCAAAGUGAGCGGUACUGUGACUUCCAUCAUGGGCUGUAAACCCAGCCUCCGCUGGGUGCCUGAAAGAAGUCACCCAGCCAGUGGUUACUCCUAUCUGUUAGCAAUAGAGCAAGUUACCUUUCACCAGCAUUACUGCCAAGCAGGGAUUACUGUAGUCUACUGAUGACCACACUGUGCUAGGACGAGAACACUCCAAAAUGCUGUGAGAAAGCUGGACGCCUGCGGAGUCUUUCCAUCAAAACGGGUAGAAAAAUAAUUCACUACUUCAGGGUUCUGCUCUGUUUACUUUCUCAUUCUUGUUUAAUUUUCUGUAAGAUAGACUUUUGAUAUGUAUUAUAUUCUUUAACUCAGUCAUUUUCUUUAAAUGCCACUUUCUGUUCAGCAAGCCAAAAAAAAAAUGUACUGUCAGUGUGCACCAGUAACUUCAGAGUGGCUUUGUAAAAAAAAAAAAAAUACAGUUGGAUUAUUUCUAAAACUUGCAAUGCAAUUCUGAUCACUAUUGAUACAUGAUAAUUUUCACUGUUGGAAGUUGAUUACAAGCUGAAUAUUCACUGACGCAAUUUUGUAAACUUGUAUUCAAGUUUACUGUACUUCAUAGUAUUUGUAUAAAAUUCAAAGAAUUUUGACUUUUGUUACCUGUACAUGGCAACAAGUUGUCUAUCAUCUUAAAUCCAUCAGUUUAUUAAA